GGUGUUCACGGUGGCUGGGCGGGACGCUCGCAUUUCAAAGGAUACACUCAAAACGGCUUUUGAAAAAAACGUCGGACACUUCAAAAGUGGUAACUAUGCUAUGGGUCUCGAAGGAAUGAUAGAGAUGGUGAUUGCUGCCUAUACAAGCGCUCACAUCGUUCAAGUGCCGAGCCCUAGCACAUUCUCUCAAAUACCAGUACCCGAAACCGUCAAAGCCGCAACAGGAGCUCGACCAGCGCCAGAGUCUGUUGCUCCAUUCCGAGCAGCUGGCAUUCCGAACAGUGCGCAAAAAGCAAAAGUGUUGCAACCAAUAAACAACGAAGAUAUUGAUGAGAAAGACAAGGUCUGGGUAUCAGUAAUGCAGCAAGCGGUUGCAAGAUGCGGCUUGCAGCAGGACACUUUCGCUACGAAUGUUCGUGCAGUCGUUGAAGGUUAUUUACUCAAUUGA